AUGUCCACCACCACCAGCACAACGCGCGACUCGUAUGACAAGAUCGCAGCACGCAAGCAAGCGGAACGGCAGAGCCUGAUCCCCGAAGCAUGGCGGCUCCCCGCCGAAAAGCUCGCGGAAUACACAUCGUCGCCCACGGCGAACGUGCUGCACGUGCCGCGUGAAAGCGGCAUCUUGAAUGAGCGCGAGCUCGACAUAACGGAGAACCACGAUGCCGUAUCGCUGCUGGAGAGGUUGCGCAAGGGGCCCAAGGACGGCGGGUUCAGCUCGGAAGAAGUCGUCGUCGCGUUCUGUAAAAGAGCCGCUUUGGCGCAGCAGUUGACAAACUGCGUGACGGAGAUUCUCUUCGACUCGGGCAUUGCGCGUGCAAAGGAACUCGAUUCCCGCCGCGCGGCGAAUCCAGAUGAGGCCUUGCCUCCGCUGUGGGGACUUCCGAUCUCGCUGAAGGACUGCUUCAAGGUGCCUGGCUUCGACGCAUCGGCCGGGAUGAUCCUCUUCGCUGAGAAGCCGGCGACCGAGUAUUCUGCCCUGCCGAAGCUGCUGUAUCAGCUCGGAGCGGUCUUCUACUGCAAGACAAAUGUGCCGCAGACGAUGAUGACGGCGGACUCGGACAAUAACGUGUUCGGGAGGACGCUGAAUCCGAACAACAAAUCAUUGACCGCUGGGGGGAGUUCCGGAGGCGAAGGCGCAUUAGUUGCGAUGCGUGGGAGUGUGUUGGGGAUUGGAUCCGACAUUGCUGGCAGCAUUCGCAUUCCCAGCUAUUGCUGUGGCACCUAUGGAUUCAAACCAUCCGCCAAUAUCGUCCCGUACGCAGGCCAGACAAAUCCAGCUGCAGACGGGAUCCCAGGCAUCCUACCCGUGGCGGGUCCUCUGGCGACCAGUAUGAGAAGCUGCAAUUAUUUCAUGCAGGUCGUGAUGAGCAACCAGCCGUGGAAAAUCGAUGUCGAUUGUCUGCAUAUUCCAUGGCGAGGCAUUGCGGCGCCAGAAAAGGGCAGCAAGUUGAGAAUUGGGAUCGUCGAAGAUGAUGGCAUCCUUACUGCUACGCCUCCCGUACGCCGGACCUUGAGGCAAGCGAGGGAGAAACUUGCUCGAGCUGGUGUGGAGAUUGUAGAUAUCAAAUUGCCAGGUAUAAAAGAAGAUAGCGCGACAAUCUGGGCUUCAUUCGCCAUGGAAGGCUGCAAGACGGUCCUGGAAUACAUCGGAGCGGCAGAGGAACCAUACGUUCAAUCUGUGCAGAACAUCGGGCUGGUGGCGAUGAAAUCGAUGACCAUGGAAGAACUCUUCGCGUGGAAUGUGACACGCAGCAAGAUCGAGACCAAGUACCGAGACCUCUGGCUCGAGAACGACCUCGACGCAAUUCUGAACCCUCUGACCGCACACACUGCUCCCCCUCUGGAUACCUGGUCGUCUAUAUCUCAGGCGAUAUGGAAUCUGGUCGACUACCCUAGCUGUAUCAUUCCAACUGGGAAAGUCGAGGCAGAGGAUGUGGUCGACCAGGCCGCCAAAUAUGGCGCUGACGAUGAGAAGAUAUAUCAACUGUAUACCGGCCCUGAAGAUUACAAGGGCGCACCGACCGCUCUUCAAUUGAUCGGCAUGAAACAAGAGGAUGAGAAUCUGACUCUGUUGGCAAGUUUUGUGGAUGGAAUCUUGAAUGAAAAUUGA